GUACAGGUGACGAGGCUUUGGGGCGUGUCGGCGUGUAAAUAAUAAAAACUGAUGCUUCACACUGAGCCCUUUCUGUUACGGAAAGGCUCUUAAUCUCUUGAGGACUGCAAACAAAGCGUCUACACAAUGGAAUCAAUAACCCCUCUGUCCAAGGCCAACACUGACUUCUCCAUGGCUUUACUCAAAAAGCUGAGUGAGAAAAACAACACCGCGAAUAUCUUCUUCUCCCCGUUCAGCAUCUCUUCAGCCCUGGCUAUGGUGCUGCUGGGGGCCAGGGGCAACACAGCCACACAGAUGUCAGAGGUCCUCUGCUUCACUGAGGCAGAGAAGCCACCGCAGGCAGAAGCGCAGCAGAUGCAAAUGCAGCAACAGGUCCAGUCCAAACUGCCACAGCAUCUGCGGAAGUGCCUGAAAACCCACAAUAUCCAGGAUGAUAUCCACGCUAGCUUUGCCAAACUGCUGAGCGAGCUCAACAAGGCAGACGCUCCGUAUGCCCUCAGUGUUGCCAACAGGCUGUACGGAGAGCAGUCCUACCAGUUUGUUGAGGAAUUCUUAACACUGACCAGGAAGCACUACAGUGCAGAGCUGGAAUCUGUGGACUUCAUAAACAAAUCAGAGCCAGCCAGGCUCAACAUCAACAACUGGGUGGAGAAGAACACACAAGGUAAAAUUAAGGAUUUACUGACCCAGGACGCGGUGGACAGCAUGACAAGGCUCGUGCUGGUCAACGCCAUCUACUUCAAAGGCAACUGGAACAAGCAGUUUCAAGAGAGUGCCACACGUGAUGCCAAGUUUAAUCUCAACAAGAAUCAGUCCAAGCCAGUGAAGAUGAUGUACCAGAAAACUAAAUUCCCUUUGACCUACAUCCCUGAGGCCAACUGCCAGAUCCUAGAGAUGCCCUACAAAGGGAAGGAGCUCAGCAUGCUCAUCUUUCUGCCCAACGAGAUGGAGGACAGUUCAACUGGUCUGGAGAAGAUGGAGAAGGAGCUGACCUAUGACAACUUUGUGGAAUGGACUCGUCCAGACAUGAUGGACGAAAUUGAGGUCCAGGUGGGCCUGCCACGAUUCAAGAUGGAGGAGAAGUACGACAUGAAGGAAGUCCUGAUGAGCAUGGGCAUGGUGGACGCCUUCACCAUGAGUGACUUCUCUGGCAUGUCACCAGCCAACAACCUGGUAUUGUCAAAAGUUAUCCACAAGGCUUUUGUGGAAGUCAAUGAGGAGGGAACAGAGGCUGCUGCUGCCUCUGGUGCCGUCAUGAUGCUGCGCUGCGCUUUGCGUCCAGCCUCCUUCAUCGCAGACCACCCCUUCCUCUUCUUCAUCCGGCAUAACCCCUCUAUGAGCAUUCUCUUUGCUGGCCGAUACUGCUCCCCUGAGUGAGCGCCACAAUCCUUUAGAGCAGUGUUUCUAAACUGGAAGGGGUGUUACACUAAAUCUGCUUUUGCAAAAGUAUCACAUUUUUCUAGGCCUUACUGGAAGUGUCACCACUUGAGAGUCUCCUUUAGCUAAUCAUGCCCUGCGCCCCCGUCCUCUAUUUUCAACACCAGGAUGUUUCCAGGGACCCUUUGAGUAUCAACAGUGGUGUUGGAUUUUCUAAACCGUGGCUUAAUCAUGUGUGCAUCACCUCUCACGCAAGUGAUUCUGUGUUAAUACUGUGCCUUCCAGCACUCUACUGUAUUCUUUGCACCUCAUUGCUUCUUUAGGAUCUGGUUUACUUUAUGUCUGCAAUUCAUGUAUGGCCCUAUUUGCUGCACUCACACUCCCUACCCAACAGUGGUCCAUCUAUACCAUUAAAGUCUAGUUUAUCUUAUACCUUACACCCUCUAAAGGAAUUUGCCUUCAUCACAAUGUCUAUUUAUACCUUCAUACCAUGUGAAUGUCAGGUGGCAGAAGAUUUUCUGCACUUUAGCUAGAGAACAUAUUUUAACCAUUUUAUAUAUGCAGUUAACCAAAGAGAAUAAUGUGAGAAAAUCACAUAGUCACAUAGACAUGCUCUUGAUGAGAAUUAUUAUUGUGUGAAGUACAGGUAUAUAUAGUUGUACCAUAUUCAUAUAAUGAAUAUAGACUAUAAAGAACAAGUGUGUACAUGAAGGUUUGAGCUGGCUUUAAAUCCAGAUUAUUUUUAUGUAUCCUAAUCCUUUUACAUAUGCAAUAAAAGUGUGUGGUUCACAAA